AUGUUCCUAACCCCUGGCGCCAAGCUGGCGCGCAAAGUCGACGUGAACACCUCUCUCUACAACACGAUCGCGCAGACGCGCGGCGAGUCGGCGGCGGCCCGCUCCGUCUCGGCGUGCCGCGCCUUCCAGAACCUGCGCACUGCGUUGCACGAGCCGCCGACGACGGAGUCAGUGCGCACUGGCGUGACACGCUACCUCGCCGCGCUGGAGUACGUCGUCACCGAGAAGGGCAUCCCCUCCGAGACCGCCGUCGAGCUGCUCUGGGUCAACGCCUUCGACGGCGACGACGUCGCCGUCCUCAACGACCUCAAACUAGAUCGCGUCGCAGCCCUGUUCAACCUCGCCGUCUGCGAGACCCACUUGGCCACCACCGCCUUCCGCACCAGGAGGGCCGACCCAGGCGCCAUGAAACUUGCGGCGAGGCACUUUCAGACCGCCGCGGGCUACUUCAAGGCCGCGGCAGAACUCCCGUCACCCGGGGGGAUUCGUAAGGUUACCUGCGAUUUGUACCCCCCGGCCUUGAAGGCCCUCGAGUAUGUCAUGCUUGGCAACGCCCAGCAGGCCUUGUAUGAGAUCGCCCUGGAGAUGGGCAACAGCAACGCUAUUAUGGCCAGGUAUGCCAUCGGCACCAGGGACUUCUACUUGAUAGCGCAGGAGACUUGCCGCGACCCGGACGUUGUCAACACUUGUAUCAACGGGUAUGUCGGCAAGCCAGCAGGCGCCCUCGCCGCCUAUUUUGACGUCGUCGCCCAGUCGGCACAGGCGAAUGCAUGCAGCGAUAGCCAUAACAUGCCUCAGCAACUUACCCGAAUCUCUAUGGCAAGCAAAUCCGUGCAAACUGGCCUCACAACCGUUACUUCUCUAGAUACUUCCUCGCUAGCCGCAGUCGCCACCCUCAAGAACAAGCUCGUUGAAGCUCUGAAUACCCUCCAGCUCAACAUUAAGAACAGAAAGGACGAUGCCGAGCAGGAGAAUAGAACCGUAUAUUUUUGUUCCCCGGCUCCGUCGUGUCCUCCGAUUACUGGUAGGCAAAGCGUCAAGCCGUCCGAUAUCAGUAUCAUCCUCCAAAAUGAACCCGUGGAUGAACGCCUCAAGGUACUAGAUGGACUCCCGGAGCCCCUCUCAACGGAACUCACAGGUGUCGCUGCAUGGUAUUCAAACAUGGUUGCGCAAACCGUCGCGGAAGAGGUUUCCGCCAUUAACACGACUGCAGUUCAUUUGCAAGAAAUCAUCAUCAAGGUUGAAAAAUGCAUUUCCUCUACUCGCGCUUCCAUUUCAGCUGAGUCAGGUCGGCCCGUUUCGUGGCAACCAGGCCCUUCAUCGACAGAUGAGCAGAAUGCCAUUGACAUAUUGCGAGAUGCCCAGGAGGGUGGCGGCGUUUCUAGGUUGUCAGAACUACAGAAUGAAGUUCUGAAGCUUGCGACAGAAGUGAAGUUGCAAGUUCAGGGGGUUGAGGGCCUGCUCCACAUGGAAGACAGUGAAGACAGGCAGCUUCGAUCUCGAAUCCAUGUCACGCGGCCGACUAGUGCGAGUCUAUCACAUCCUUACCUUAGUCAUCUUCAGACGAUCCGCGGGGAAAUGGAGCAGGCCGCAAAUGCAGACUUGAUAGUGAAGGACCAAAUUGCAAGUCAUGCAACUGGUAUGCGAGAAAUGGAGCAAGAGGACAUUAGAGGGUUUUCCGCUCCAACCGCACGCCCCACGCCCCCGCCUUCCUCUGGGAAAGCGGAAAGAGCAGAAGCAAUUAUUUCAGAGAUGCAACCAAAGGUAGCAACUGGAAAACGCCUUCUCUCUGAGAAGAUCUCCGUCAUCCAAGACUUUGAAAAGAAGAAGCAUCUAGAAAACCCCUAUGCUGCGACCUCUGGAAUUCCGGAUGGAGAUACUGAGCGAUGCGAUGCAUUGAUUAAGCAGGUGUAUGGCGGUUUGCAGCAACGAGGAACAGACAUGCGUGCAGAAAUGGAGGCUGUUGCACAGUUUUUGUCCGAUGCGAAUGUUCGUCUAACUUUGCCAGCACCGGCGCAGACCAACUACACGGCAGAUGCCGACAAACAAAAGAUGAUUAAUAUUUACAAACACCAAGCCUCAGCACAAAAGUGCAAGGAACUCUUGGGCCACCUGAAGGACGGCGUUAUGUUUUAUACAAUUCGCCAAGAUACGCUUUCUGCUCUGAGAAGGGACGUGGAAGGAUUCGUAGUCGCUCGACGGGCCGAAGCUCAAGACCUUCUCAGAGUCCCACAAUAUUCCAGUGGACCAGGAUACCCACCGCAAGGCAAUCUAUAUCCGUCUGGGCCACAUCAAUGAGUUAACUGGCGCACAGCCAUGUCUUCCGGGCGCUCCGAAGCACGAACAGGCAAGAAGCCCCAAUAGGCAGGACAAGAGCCAACACGAAUCUCAACAAACCGUAUCAAAGAUCACCAGGAUUGUGGAGACGUCAGUAGUCUCAGGUUGGGCCGCCCGACUCCGCGGACAGUCAUGUAGAAUUACAACAUUUAAGUUGAGAAAGGCCGUACGAAAUCUGAGUAUAAACACUAAUGCCAUUAACAUUAUGCAUAAAACGUGGUCGCUCGAAUCUGGGGAGACGAAAUC